AACCUCCUCAGUGUGUUUGUGUUGGUGAGGCCGUCGGAUCCAGGAAAUCAAACAAUAACACCAGAGGGUUUCCUCCUCGCGUUGUUGCCGUCUGAUGUUGUCUCUUCCGCUGUAUCGGCCGCCCCGUCCUCCCGAUCGCUCUGUUUGACCCAGGAAUGGGUUUGUUAGCCGGUUAUUUCGUGGCGUCGAUGCUGAUCGGCACCGGCGCAGCGAAAUACGAACCGAACUGGGAAUCCAUCGACUCCAGACCGCUGCCAGAGUGGUACGAUCGGGCCAAGUUCGGCAUCUUCAUACACUGGGGGGUCUUCUCUGUGCCCAGCUUCGGCAGCGAGUGGUUCUGGUGGUACUGGCAGAAGCAAAAACUGAAGCCGUAUGUUGACUUCAUGCAGAGCAACUAUCCUCCAGACUUCAGGUAUCAAGACUUCGCACCGCAGUUCACUGCCGAGUUCUUUGACGCCAAAGAAUGGACGGACAUCUUGGCCUCAUCGGGAGCCAAGUACAUCGUCCUGACCACGAAACACCAUGAAGGUUUCACACUAUGGGGCUCAAAAAGCUCGUGGAACUGGAACGCAGUGGACGUGGGACCAAAAAGAGAUCUGGUAGAUGAAGUGGCGAGCGCCCUGCGUGCUAACAGUGACCUGCGUUUAGGGCUGUAUCACUCUCUGUUUGAGUGGUUUAAUCCGCUCUUUGAACAGGACGCUGCCAACGCCUUCACUACGAACAACUUCCCCACCAGUAAAACUCUGCCUGAGCUUUAUGAGCUCAUUGUCAAGUACAAACCAGAGGUGCUGUGGUCUGACGGGGACGGAGACGCCCCUGACAAGUACUGGAACAGCACGGGUUUCUUAGCCUGGCUCUAUAAUGAUAGCCCUGUACGGGACACAGUGGUGACGAAUGAUCGCUGGGGCUCCGGCUCCAUCUGCACCCACGGUGGAUAUUACACCUGCGCUGAUCGCUACCAGCCGGGACACCUGCUCAAACACAAGUGGGAGAACUGCAUGACCAUCGACACAAAGUCCUGGGGUUACAGACGCAACGCCGCUCUCAGUGACUACCUGACCAUCGAGCAGCUUGUGGCGACAUUGGUGGAGACUGUGUCCUGUGGGGGAAACCUGCUGAUGAACAUCGGCCCGACUCACGACGGAAGGAUCGCUCCCAUCUUCGAGGAGCGUCUGAGGCAGAUGGGUCAGUGGCUGAAGGUCAACGGGGAGGCCAUCUACAACACUACAGCAUGGCGGGCUCAGAAUGACACCAUCACUCCCAACAUCUGGUACACUUUCAGACCGCACGAAAAGAGCAUCUUUGCCGUCUUACUGGAGUGGCCCAAUAAUGGAUCUGUGAUUCUGAAUGAACCUGUGGUUACACAAGGAGAGACUCAGGUGGCGCUUCUCGGUCACGGGUCUCUGAAGUGGGAGCCUGUAAAGCCCAGCGGACUGCGGGUUCUCCUGCCCCAGCUGUCCUUCAGCCAGAUGCCAUGCCAGUGGGGCUGGACACUGAGGCUGACAGGUGCCACUUAAAGGGAAACCAAAUCACAUGAAGAGGAACAGACGGAGCUGCGGGGGCCGAAGAGAAGGACCCAGCAAUUUAUGGGAUUUAAAUCACAGAACAAAACCCAUAAAAUGUACUGUACAGUCUGUAGGUUGCACUAUACGCAGGGAGUGCAGAUCAUUGCUUUUGUAUUGGGUGAUUUUUAUGAUCAAAGUCUUUUAAGUUUCUUAACUUUUGGACACAGAAGUCAUGUUUAGGUGCAGAAAAGGUUGAUUUAUAGCCUGUAGGCGUUAAUCUACGGGGUUACAUGUGACAAAUGUGAUGACAUUUUACACAAUUUUUCUGCACUUUUGUAAUUAUUUUUUAAGCCACCAUAGUAUUUGUUUGUGAUUUUUGUGAUUUCCAUGCAGUCUGCAGCACAGAUUGAUGUGUUGGUGUUUGUUUUACAUGUAAAGGAAUGUGUAAAUAAAAUAAAUGAAGCCUUCAA